GGUUUGUCCGCCUCCGCCGGCUGCUGGCCCAUUGUGCGCCUUUCUCCCCUGCGCUCUAGACUCGCCCUGCGGUGUUGCACACCCUGCUGCCUUAUCAGCUUGUUAUGAAAGCAGUGCCGAGCCGAGCCGAACUAGGCCAGUCUGUCAGCACACUGUUUUCGGCCGCCCUUGCCGUUAUGCCAGUUAGUCUCGCCUGAACACCAUGAGUUACUCCAGCGAGUUCGCCCAGUCUCCGGAGUACAGCAGCUUCCGCAGCAGCAUUCCCCAGCAGAAGGUGGCCGUGGACUCGGACCCCACCAAGGAAUGGAAGAUUUACGAUUCCGGCCCCAAGAGCGUCAAAGCGCCUCUAGUGUGCCUGCCACCAGUGAGCGGGACUGCUGACAUCUUCUUCAAGCAGGUCUUGGCCCUCGGGGCCAAAGGAAUUAGAGUUAUCGCUGCUGAACAUCCCGUUUAUUGGACAGUCACAGAAUGGUGCGAUGGAUUCCGCAAAUUAAUGGAUCAUCUGGGUCUUCAGAAAGUCCACAUAUUCGGGACAUCUUUAGGUGGAUUUCUGGCUCAAAAAUUUGCUGAACGUACAAGUAGUUGUCCAAGAGUCGCCUCUUUAAUUCUCUGUAAUACAUUCAUGGAUACAUCUAUUUUUAACUACAAUGAUUCUGCUUCUCUCUUUUGGAUGUUUCCAUCCCUAUUGUUGAAGAAAAUGAUUAUGGGAAGCUUUACUACAUCCAAAGUGGACGCAGCAAUAGCGGAUUCCAUUGAUUUCAUGGUAGAACGGCUGGAAAGCUUGUCUCAGCAAGAUCUUGCCUCACGGCUUACCAUGAAUUGUGUGAACUGCUAUGUGGAACCGCACAAAAUGAGGGACAUUCCUGUAACAAUUGUGGAUGUAUUUGAUGAAUAUGCACUCAGCAGUCCUGUGCGAGAAGAGCUUUACAAGUGUUACCCAAGUGCUCGUCUGGCUCACCUAAAAUCUGGUGGAAAUUUUCCUUAUCUAAGUAGAAGUGACCAAGUGAAUGUCUAUUUGCAGAUUCAUCUUCGAGGCUUUCAAGGAACACCUGAGACUCCCUGGGAGGCGAGUGCAGAAGACCCUUAUUGGAAGGAAAUCCAUUCUAAUGACUCAGACAUUAUGGCUAGCCCAGAAGAUGUGCCACAAAAUGUUCUUAGUGAAGGACAAUCAGCCAGUCAAGAGGAACUACCCAAAACUGUUAAUAGAGCCAAAUCAAAUUCAGCCACAUUGCUUUAAACGAAAUAAUGGUAAACAUUGUUUGUAAUUUUUUUUGCCAUUGAAACUGUUUUUUUUUCCUCCCCACUAUUUUUAAAUCACUUCUCUGAAAAAUUGAAUCAAUGAUCUGUCUUAUCCAAGGUGCUGGUACUUUUUACUUUUUUUUUCUGAGAUCUUCAAAACUUUAUGUGAUUUGAAAUGUUUGGAUCUUCUUAUUUCCCAUUUAUGGAAUGUCAAAGCUUAUAGCUGACUGAAUGUAUUGUGAUGAACAUGUGAUGAUUUUUAUGGAAAGUUUAUAUUGUAAAAUGAAUCAAUAACCUGGUAAAUGUGAUUCAUGUUGUUUCUCUGGUAACUUAUGUACUGUGUUGAAAUUUAUACCUUGUGGAACAUGUUAAUGUUUGUGUAAGUGUGUAUGCAUGAGUGUGUGUGUAUUUGUGUGUGUUUGUUGUCACCAAAAAUUUCACAAGAAUUUAGGUUUUGUAUUUUUGUUACUGCCUUAUGCUGGCAAUGUUAUUCAUCACACUUCAUGACUGAUUUUCCUGCUACUGUGGGUAUAUUUUGUAUUACCUUAUCUCUGUACAUUCCCAUUUGUACAUGUAUGAAAGCCUCACUGAACUCGAGAAGUUUAUAUUUUUAGAAACAUUUGUUGUUGUUAGUUGAGAUAUUUCUAGAAAGACUUAUGCUGCCUUAGUCAUGUCUGUGAUUCUCUGAACUUCUGUUAUUUGUGUGUUUUACAUUCUGUGCUGUAAGAAUGAAUUUACUUUGAAAUUUUAUAUCCGUCUUGUUAUAAAAAUAAAGAGCAUCAUCAAUUUCUA